CAAGCAAGCCAGAGGGGUGAAAAAAUUUUCCAGGGAACUCACAUGUCCGUGCUUGAUCGGCGUGUAUCGGUGACGUUUCUCUCACGGGACAUUCGGAAGCAUGCGGGGGAAGGAGGGCGAGGAGGAAGACGAAAACGAAGAAGCAGAGGAAGAGGGCACGGGCUUCUCGAUCUUUGCACCACUAGCCCCACUCUACCUGAAUUAUAAAGUGGCGGAGAUGAUGAAGCGACCUUCUCGCCCGCCUUCUCUUUCGUCCUCCUCUUUCGGACGACUCCUGAUGGAUGAAUCCGCCGACCGCACCCCGCGGACCGUUCCUCGACGGCUCCACUCGGUCGUUCCCGCUUUCCUCCUCCUGGCGCUCACCUCCUUGUUGUGCCUCUUGGUCUACCUCGUGUCAGGCCCUAUUGAGUUCUCUCCGCGCCCUGCUGCCGGAGGAUUGUUGGGGAAGUUCGGUAUCGAGAUGAAGGAAAAUGUUUCUGGCCUCUCCUUCGAGAGCUUCGGCCCGGAUCAUGAGGAUGCGAGGAUCAGAAGUGUUUUCGGAAAGGCUGCUACGAAGGACAAAACAGUUAUAUUGACCACUUUAAGUGAAGCAUGGGCUGUUCCAGGUUCUGUUUUUGAACUUUUUCUUGAGAGUUUCCAUAAUGGAGUAAACACUCACAAACUUCUGGACCAUUUGGUGGUUAUUGCAUUGGAUAGUAAUGCAUUUGCCAGGUGCUUGUCUAUCCACAUCCAUUGCCUUCCCCUGGUCACUGAAGGAAUUGAUUUUUCUGGUGGAGAGAAGUUCUUUAUGAGUCACGAUUACUUGAAGAUGAUGUGGAGGAGAAUUGAUUUUCUAAGAUCGGUGCUUGUAAUGGGCUAUAAUUUUGUUUUCACGAUAGAGGAGGCAUCUUACCAGAAGGCAACCUGCAGUAGGCAGCUGGGCAUGCUCGCUAGUCCAACAUGGAAGCUGCCCAAUCAGAAGGACGCUGACAUACUAUGGCUUCGCAAUCCAUUUCCACGCUUUUACCUGAACGCUGAUUUUCAGAUAGCUUGUGAUCACUUUCUUGGCAGUUCACUUGAUUUUGAAAAUAGGCCUAAUGGGGGGUUUGCUUAUGUAAGGUCCAACAACAGAACAAUAGCAUUUUAUGAGUUCUGGUAUUCAUCAAGAGAGCUUUACCCAGGGCAUCAUGAUCAAGAUGUGCUUAAUUAUAUUAAAUAUGACUCAUUUGUUACGGAAAUAGGAUUACGUAUUAGAUUUUUGAACACUGCAUUCUUUGGUGGUCUUUGUGAGCCAAGCAAGGAUUUCAACAAAGUGUGCACAAUGCAUGCAAACUGUUGUGUUGGCCUUAGUAGCAAGCUGCAUGAUAUGAGAAUAAUGUUGGAGGACUGGAGAAAAUUCAUGUCUUUGCCACCAAGGGAGAAAAGACUCCAGUUAUCGUCAUGGAGGGUUCCACAAAAUUGCAGUUUGCCUUCAGAAUAAGGUCAGAUUUAAUAUCUGAAAAUAUCACUUUACACUUGAAAAGCAGUCAUGCAUUGAUAUUUUUGCGCUGUGCGUACUUCUAUUCUCUCUCUUCAUUGUACUGGUAAGGGCUUAAAUUGAUUACUGGAUGAGAAUGACUUGUGGCUGCUUGGUGCUGUAGUCCUGCUACUAUCAAAAUUUUUUCCCCCUUUAAGAGAACAAUUGUAUUCACGCCUGGCUGCCUAUGAGAAGGGAGAGUAGAAGUUUUGACCAACAGCCCUGUAUCUUACACUUAGGUUUUGAUGUUUCUGCAGAGCCAAAUUAGAAAGUUUACUCAAUGAAUUUCUAACUUGCUGGUAUGGGUGAUAGAUUUUCUCUCCCAAUUUUUGGGCAAGGCCAAAGAAACACCCUCAUCACCAAUUGAACAUUGUCAGGCCCUUGAGAUUUGUGCGACAGGGAGUACCAGCUUCGAUCUUCUAGCAAGAUGCACUUUAUGUGGGUCUCAAAUCAUGGAUAUUCUGUGUCCAGAGGCCAAAGGAGACGCCAUAAAUCAGAGAAACGGAGUCUCGUGGGAAUGAGUUACCCAAUUGUUGAUAAGCAGUUUUUCUCUGAAGUGUUUAAUGCUGUAAAUUUUGUGCCCCUUGUGGGUGAGUUGUACAGUUGUUGAUGGUCGAAUUUCUCCAAAUAGCAAUUGAUGCUGUAAAAAAUUGGUGUUGAUCCUGUGGAUGCUUAUUAAAUAAAGCUAAUGCCAAUAUGAUGCAUGGUUC